GGUUAGUCUUGUAUUUUUCACAAAAACUCUAUGUGGAUAAAAUAUCCAUUGAAAUCUAGUAGCAGGCUUUGCUAGAAAUUGAGAGUAUUGAUUUACUGGUUUACAGGUUGCUAUUGGUUUUGUGGUUGCUCUGAACUAUCAGAACCCAUUCUUGAACCCAUAUGAAGAAUUCCAGAAAUUUAAACAUCAUCCUGCCAUCCGCAAUCUUCUUGAGAGAGGGACUGUCCUUCAAUAUGGUGCUCGGACUUUGAAUGAAGGCGGUUAUCAGUCUAUCCCAUAUCCAGUUUUCCCUGGUGGAGCAAUUAUUGGAUGUUCUGCUGGCUUCUUAAAUGUACCAAAAAUAAAGGGAACACAUACUGCUAUGAAAUCAGGGAUGGUAGCAGCAGAAACUGCAUUUGGCGUGCUCCAUGAAGGUUUCUCAAUGGAAGCCUAUUGGGAAAAAUUAAUAAAUUCAUGGAUAUGGAGAGAACUCCAUGCUGCAAGGAAUUUCCGCCCUGCAUUUGAAUAUGGGCUCAUUCCAGGAUUGGUUUUGAGUGCUUUAGAACACUAUGUAAUGAAAGGAAGAUCUCCCUGGACUCUGAAGCAUGGAAAACCUGAUCAUGAGGCGACAAAGGAAGCGCGGUUAUGCCCACGAAUUGAAUACCCAAAGCCUGAUGGGGUUCUGUCAUUUGACGUACCAACAUCUCUAUACAGGAGCAAUACAAAUCAUGAUCAUGACCAACCCGCUCAUCUUCGGCUGAGAGACCCUCAAAUUCCUGAACUUGUGAAUCUGCCUAUCUAUGAUGGCCCUGAGUCGAGAUAUUGCCCUGCCCAUGUUUAUGAGUACAUGCCCGAUGAAAAGGGUCAGCUGAAGCUGCAAAUCAAUGCCCAAAAUUGCCUGCACUGCAAGGCUUGUGAUAUUAAGGACCCAAAACAGAACAUCCAAUGGACGGUGCCAGAAGGUGGCGGUGGCCCAGGUUACUCAAUCAUGUAGGUGAUUGUUGAAGAUUGACGUCAAUAAUGUUGUAGUUACUCGAAUGUCAUGCAAAAAGAGAUGCCUCAUUCAGCACUUAAAAACUUUAUAUACUUUGUUAACUCUUUAUUGUUCAUGUGCAAUGUGAAUUUUGAAAGGGAGAUGAAAAGAAGAAAAAAUAAAAGAUAAAGUUCUGCAA